ACGAUCGUUGAAAAUAUAUUUGGUCCUACGCGGCUUCCGUAGACAGCGUGGAUUUCAAUGACAUUUGAGCAUUCGUCAGACAGUUCCUUUCUCCGGGCUUGUUAACAUGUCUUUAGCGUUUUUAUUCAGAACACUUUCUAGAGACGCUGUAAAGGUCAGCCUUUGCCAGCAUGUUCAGUCCUUACACAUGUGUUGUCCGCUCCUGGCAGCGGACAAAACCCUCCUGAUCAAACUGAGAAAAAACACCGGUUACACCUUCAUUAACUGCAAGAAUGCCCUCGAGAAGUUUGAUAAUGACCUCGCACAGGCAGAGACCUGGCUACAUGAGCAGGCCCAGAAGGAGGGCUGGAGCAAAGCGAGCAAACUGGAGGGUCGCCGGGCUAAAGAAGGUCUGAUCGGUCUCUUUGUGGGGGAUAAAGCUGCAGUUAUGGUGGAGGUUAACUGUGAGACAGAUUUUGUUGCCCGCAAUGAGAAGUUCCAGCAGCUGGUUAAGGAUGUGGCAUUGGUCACUUUGGCUCAUCAACAGAAUAAAAGACAAAGCCAAGGAGGAUAUGUCAAGAGUGUCCUGGCAAGUGAGGAGUUAGGAAAACUCAGUGCAGGGGAAGGGGCUGUUCUUGCAGACCACGUAGCUCUAACUAUAGGUCGCCUCGGAGAGAACAUGUCAGUGAGACGGGCUGUGACAGUUGGUGUCCCUGCUGAUUGGCACAUUGGCUCAUAUGUGCACGGCGGUUUGAGCAGCCAGAGUGAGGUCGCCAUGGGCCGAUAUGGUGCCCUGGUCAUAUUUCAAGGUGGAAAAGAGGGGGAACAGGACAUUUUAGGCCGGAAGCUGGGACAGCACAUAGUGGGAGAGGCCCCCGUGUCUCUAGGUAACAUGGAUGACCUCCCCUGUGGGGAAAGUGAGACCCGUCUGCUGCCUCAGACCUUCCUGGGAGACCCGAGUAGGACCGUGGCACAAUUCCUCAGAGGCCAGCAGGCUCGAGUCUUGGACUUUGUCCGAUUUCAGUGUGGAGAGACAAGUGAAGAAGAAUGAAAGGAAAGAAUUGUUUUUUGUAAAGAAUUUGUUGUCUGUUUCAUGUGCAAUUGUAGUCUGCAUUCAUUCCUGUAUAUUGAGAUGGUCAUCAUCAAUUACAUAGACCAGCAAUGAUGUUUCAUGAAAUAAAACAAUGAGCUCUCA